AUUUGGUAGUAUAAUUGCCGACGCUGAAAAUGGUUGCAACAAUUCUAUUAUUAUUAAUAUUUCUGCUCAGAAACGAAUUCGUGAUUAGCAAUGGCACAGAAAACUUUUCUGUGGUUUCUACGAGCACAAGCCCGUCGGAGCUUGACCAUGCACAAUUAGAAAUGCGCUCUGUAGUCAACGCAUUAAAAGAAUCCCUCAGCAAUCUCCAAAAUAUAAAGCAGGAAAUUAUUGAAGAAAUCAAAAACGAAAUUAUUCCCAAAACAGACGAAAAUUUUAGGAGGCAGUUAACCGAAGCGAAAAAUGAAAUUCUUGUUAAAAUAGACGCUUCAGAAGAAUCGACAAAACUUGCUGUUUCUAAAAAUGAGGAUCUUGCCUCAGAAAUCCAGUCAGUUUGUCAGAGCGUCAAAGAGCAACUGAUGGAAACAAGCAACGAAAUUAUUCAGGAGAUAGGAGAACUGAGAGAGUCACGAGUAGCUUGUUCUUCUGAUCUCAAAAAGAAACUAAAUGAAACAAAGAACUAUAUCGUUGACGAAAUGAAGUCUGUGCUUUCUGAUAACGAAAAACUAAUGCAGGUAAAUAUGCAAGCUCAGCUUAACGAAACGAAAGCCGAGAUCGCCGGACUGGGAGACUUUGACGAGGUAAAAAACCAACUGGCUAAGACGCAACAAAAGAUUCUUGUUGAAAUCCAACAAUGUAGGUCUGUACCAGAAGACUGUAGAGAAGUCCAGAAGAGGGGAUUUAACACUUCUGGGAUUUAUCGCAUACAGCCGAGGCUUUCCUUGCAAAGUUUUCUAGUUUGGUGUGAUAUGUCGUCUUAUGACGGUGGGUGGACUUCCGUCGUCAAUCGAUUUGACGGGUCGCAAAACUUUUACCUAAACUGGACUGAUUAUAAGCAAGGUUUUGGUAAUCUGUCAGGGGAACAUUGGGUAGGUUUGGACCACCUCUACGAACUGACAAGUAAGUUUUGUUUGUUCAAAAAGUACUUAUCGCUUUUUUAUCGUUUAGAUAGCAAACGAGUUGACUUGUUGGUGGAGAUGAUUGACUGGGACUUGUUAAAGGUAUAUGCGUUGUAUGACGAUUUUGUGGUAGGAAACGAAGCUGAGAGUUAUCCGCUCAAAACUUUGGGAAGAAAUAGAGGAAUUAUUGAAGAUUCUUUGAAAUAUCAAAUUCGGGCGAAAUUUAGUACUGCCGAUAAAGAUCACACCGGAAGCUGUGCUACCUCUUUUGAGGGUGGCUGGUGGUACACGGGUUGCUAUCACGCCUGUCUGACUGGAAAACAUGUUGAUCCCAGGAAAAUUAGCUCUAUGUCUGGAAUUAAGUGGGGUGCGUUUCAUGGUUUCGCGUACAGUCUUAAAGAAGCGAGGAUGAUGAUUAGGCCACGGUAAAUUGAGUAGAAGUAUUUGGAGCAACAUCAGAAAUUUCGGAACACAUUUUGCCAAUUUUGAUUCUUACAGUGUAACUGGUGCUAUCUACACAUAUUUUGUAACUUUUAGGUGUCAUGAAAUAAAUAAAAAUUCGCAAAAUCAAAUUUUGUAACUUUUCCAAGAAACUGGAUUUGUUGGGUUGUAGUUCAUGGACAAAGAAAUAACUUUGGAGCAUUUAUUUUUCCGAAACAAUAGAAAUCUAAGGU